AUGCUCCGUCUGGCCAGAAAGGGAUUCGCGCAAAAUAUUGCACGUGCAUACGCCAAGGAUGUGAAGUUCGGAGGAGAAGGGCGACAAGCCAUGAUCGCCGGUGUCAAUCUUCUUGCCGACGCUGUUUCGGUCACAAUGGGUCCUAAGGUAUAGCAGAUAAAUACAUUUUUCAAUUUUAUGUGAUAAACUUUUUUUCAGGGACGAAACGUUAUCAUUGAGCAAUCGUGGGGCAGUCCUAAGAUUACCAAGGAUGGAGUAACUGUUGCUAAGUCUAUCGAUCUCAAGGACAAAUACCAGAACAUGGGAGCUAAACUAAUUCAGGUAUGAUAAUAACUCAAAAAAGUGGCAGAAAAUUGAGGUUUUCGAUUCAAUAGUAUGAGAAAGUUUUGUUACUACAAAUAGUUGAAUUAUUAUAAAACUACUCUAUCCAUUUUGCUAUGAAAAGGUAUUUGACAUCGUUUACUACAGAUGCUUCAGCUCAUCAUCAAAAAGCUCUGAAAAUAAUAUUAUCAGUACUUUUUUUACCAAUAUAGAAAAGAGGAAGCUUGAUUCAAUAGGGAAAAAAAUUUCAGUAUUUGAGUCGGUUUUGAUAAAAUUAUGUUAUCUGUAAUAUUUCAAGAAAAUAACGUCUUUUUUCUCUUCAAACAAUUUUUCAGGAUGUUGCCAACAAAGCCAACGAAGAGGCUGGCGAUGGAACGACUUGUGCCACCGUUCUCGCCCGUGCUAUCGCUAAAGAGGUAUCUUUGAAAUAAUUUAGGCUUUGAAUAAUCGAUACCGAAUAGGGCUUCGAGAGCAUCAGACAGGGAGGAAACGCUGUUGAAAUUCGCCGUGGAGUUAUGAGUGCCGUUGAAAUCGUUGUCAAAGAGUUGAAGAAUCUCAGCAAAAAAGUUACUAGUUUUUUUUUUUGAAUCGAUACAUUUAGAAAUAUUAAGGUCACUACUCCUGAAGAAAUCGCCCAAGUAGCCACUAUUUCUGCUAACGGGGACACCAACAUUGGAAGCUUGAUUUCUGACGCUAUGAAAAAAGUCUGUAUUUUUCGCGAUUGAGGUAAUUUUCAAUUUUCGUUUUAGGUUGGAAACAAGGGAGUCAUCACCGUCAAGGACGGAAAGACCCUUCAUGACGAAUUGGAGCUUAUUGAGGGAAUGAAGUUCGAUCGUGGAUACAUUUCACCUUAUUUUAUCAACACCUCCAAAGGGGCAAAGGUAAGUUGAGCAAGGACAAGAAAUAAUUUUUCGAAAAACUCAUUCCCUUAAAUUUAUAAUUUUUGAAGGUCGAAUACGAAAAGGCUCUCGUUUUGUUGAGCGAAAAAAAGAUCAGCCAGGUUCAAGACAUCGUCCCAGCUCUUGAACUCGCGAAUAAACUUCGUAGACCGCUUGUUAUCAUCGCUGAAGACGUUGAUGGCGAAGCACUCACUACUUUGGUCCUCAACAGACUGAAGGUUCGGUUUAUUUCCGAAUUAUUUAUGUUUAUCAUUUAAAAUUUCAGGUCGGUCUUCAAGUUGUUGCUGUCAAAGCACCAGGAUUCGGUGAUAACCGUAAGAACACCCUUCGCGAUAUGGCCGUCGCUACUGGCGGAACGGUCUUUGGCGACGAUUCCAACCUUGUGAAACUGGAAGACGUCACUACCGACGAUUUGGGAGAGGUCGACGAAGUCAACAUCACGAAAGACGACACUCUCUUGUUGCGUGGUCGUGGAGACCACAAGGAAAUCGAGAAGCGUAUCGAGCAAAUCUCAGAUGAAAUCGAACAAUCCACUAGCGAGUAUGAAAAGGUUAAACUUUGUCUUUCUUAAAUUUUUGUACCCUUCGAUUAAAUAUUAUCAAAAUAUUUUAGGAAAAACUCAAUGAGCGUCUUGCCAAGCUUUCUCGUGGUGUUGCCGUUCUCAAGAUUGGAGGAGCUUCGGAGGUUGAGGUCGGAGAGAAGAAAGAUCGUGUCACUGACGCCCUCUGUGCCACACGCGCGGCAGUCGAAGAAGGAAUUGUUCCUGGCGGUGGAGUCGCUCUUAUUCGAGCUCUCCGCGCUCUCCAGAACUUCACGGCUCCCAAUGAAGAUCAGAAGAUUGGCGUCAACAUUGUGAAGAAGGCUCUUGUUCAACCUAUUUCCACGAUCAUCCGGAACGCUGGACUGGAUCCCUCUUCGAUCGUUGACCAGGUUUCUGCUAACGAGAAUGCUGCCUACGGAUACGACGCCCUGAACAACAAAUUUGUCAAUAUGUUCGAAGCCGGAAUCAUUGAUCCUACUAAGGUAUUUAAUUUUCUUUUUCAAGCUUUAUUUGAAUAAAUCGACGAACAUUUAGGUUGUUCGCACCGCUCUGCAAGAUGCUGCCGGAGUUGCCUCUUUGUUGGCGACAACGGAGUGCGUAGUUGUGGAGCUUCCGAAGGAAGAGCCUGCUCCAGGAGCUGGUGGAAUGGGAGGCAUGGGCGGAAUGGGAGGAAUGGGCGGCAUGGGAGGCAUGGGUUUCUAA